UCAUCCUUUUGUCGUCACCCCUUCCUCGUUUUCUUUUUUUUAUCUGGCCCCUUUUUGUUCUGGAACGUCGCAUCUUGCCUGGGGUCGACAGCGGAGUGGGGAUCGGAUUACUGCUCGGCCGCACCGCACUUCUUCUCCCGCCAUCCAUCGUCCCGCCCGUCCUUUUUCACCACCAUGUGUUCCGACCGCUCUCCUCCCCAGGACUCCAGCUUCAUCGAGGCCGAUAGCUUCAGCGACAAUGACUCCACCUAUCCCGGCUCCCUGGGCGAUGCCAGCUACACCACCAGCAUCACUUCUAGUGCCAUGAAUUAUGCGUAUGCUAACGGUCGCAGAUACCAUUCCUACCACGAGGGCGAAUACAUCCUGCCCAACGAUGAACAAGAACAAGACCGUCUCGACCUGAGCCACCACAUUUAUCGCAUGCUCUUCAAGGGAGAGCUGUGUCGAGCGCCAAUCCAGAACCCCGCCCGCGUCUUGGACAUUGGAACCGGAACGGGCAUCUGGGCCAUUGACUUUGCUGACGAACACCCCGAGUCCGAAGUGAUCGGCAACGACCUCAGUCCCAUUCAACCAUCAUGGAUCCCGCCGAAUUGCCGAUUCGAGGUCGAUGAUUUCGAGCAACCGUGGUCCUACAGCAAGCCGUUCGAUUAUAUUCACGGUCGGGAAUUGGAGGGAUGCAUUCGCGACGUCGACAACCUCUUCCGCCAGGCGUUGGAGAACCUGAAGCCUAAGGGAUGGAUGGAGAUUGCGUCAAUGGAGGUCAACACAUACUCGGACGAUGACACACACUUGAAGGCGAAGACGCUGCUGGAGGGCAUUGUAUAUAUGCACGACUCCGCCCGGGAGUAUGGGAAGGACCUGGCCAGCGUGCACUCAUGGAAGGAUAAGAUGGAAAAGGCGGGUUUCGUCAAUGUCCGAGAGGAAAUCUUCAAGCUCCCACAAAGUCCUUGGCCGAAGGAUCCUAAGAUGAAAGACCUUGGUCGGUACCACCAGGUUAACAUGUUCGAGGCAUUGGGACCAUACUGCUAUGCGCUGUUCACACGGGUGAUGGGCUGGCAACGACCGGAGAUUGAGGUGUUUGUGGCAGGCAUGAAGCAGGAGCUGCGCGAUUUGAAUUUGCAUUUGUAUACCAAGGUGCAUAUAGUGUACGGGCAGAAGCCAGAAUAACGUCAGCACUGGCUUUCAGUCAUGUGAUGAUUGCUGUUAUGCCUAAUAAUGUUAUGAUGAACAUGUGCUGCUCCAGACUUGCCACCAAUAUUGGGUGGUCUGAAUCCAUCCC